AUGGAAAAAUUUAAUGAUAAAAGAAGUUUAAUUAAACAUAAUAAACGAAUUCACACAGAAGAUCAACCGUUAUCUGAAAGAAAAUUAGUUCACCGCAAAAGAAUUCCUGGUGACAGACCAUUUCCAUGUAUAGCUUGUGGUAAAAAAUUUGUCCGUUACGAUCAUUUAGUUGGACAUCAAAGAGUUCACACCGGAGAUAAACCUUUUGCAUGCGAUAUUUGUGGUAAAACAGUUUAUAAUCAAGGUGAUUUAAUUAAACAUAAACGUGUUCAUACUGGCGAAAAACCGUUUACAUGUGAUGUUUGUAAUAAAAAUUUUAACCAGAAAAGUAAUCUAGUUCAACAUAAACGGAUACAUAGUGGAGAAAAACCAUUUUCAUGUGAUGUUUGUGAUAAAACUUUUAUCCGUCAAGAUAGUUUAGCUGCACAUAAACGAUUUCAUACUGGUGAGAAACCGUUUUUAUGUGAAGUCUGUAACAAAACAUUCACACGAUCCGAUCAUUUAAUUGCACAUAAACGAGUUCAUACUGGUGAAAAACCGUUUGCGUGUGAAGCUUGUGAUAAACGAUUCAAUCAGAAAAGUAAUUUAAUACAACACGAACGUACACAUUCUGGUGAAAGACAUUUUGCGUGUGAUAUGUGCGAGCAAAAGUUUAUUCAACGUAGUAGUCUGGCUGUGCAUAAACGAGUUCAUUCUGAAGAAACACUUGUCUGUGUUGCCAACUCUUAAACUAUUAGCCCCCCCCCCCAAGAGUGAGGUGAAAAACCCCCAAAAAUUCCCCUAUCGUAUUUCCAUACUUUUGUGUACUUUUUAAAUAUUUUUUUACAUUUUGGCAUUGUUGCCAAAUUAAAUAAA